AUGUUGUUGGUAAAUAUUGUGGCAGAGAACCCAGAUCAUCCUGUUUUAUGGGAGAUUUCUCAAGCAGUAGUUUAUACAAAUUCUAAAACAAUUAAGAUUUACCAAAUACUACAAAAAAUUGAAAAACGUGAGUGUGACCUUGAACUAAUAUUUUGGUAUCAGGAAUCAAUUUUUAAUGCAAUUGUGAAAUUAAUAUACAGUAAGUUAAUAACAGCCUUGCAACAAGGAACUUCUAAGCUGGAAGAGAUUGUUAAGUCAAUACCAAAAUUCAUAGAAUUGCCAACAGAUGUCACUGAUUAUUUUACGAGCGGAAUAUAUGAUACCGAUGAAAAGAAUGACCAGAUUAAUACCGAUGAUAUUAAAGAAAAAUUGAUUAAAAAGAUUACUGAUCUUCGUGACUCAAUUACCAAUAUAAUUUUAGAAACUUAUAAUACAACUGAAAAUCAAGACGUAUCUAAUUUAGAAGAAUUUAUAACAUAUAUGAAUUUAAACAGUGAAAAGUUUUACUGUCAUAUUUCGGUGUGUAAAUUCCUACGAAAUGAAUUCACUAAAUAUUACAUACCAUUUAUGCGGGAUCUGUCAAAAGUCGAACAUAUUGUGUACGAGGAUGUUAAAAUCGAUGAAUUCGUUCGAUCCGAUGUAAAUUAUAAACUAACAAAUAGUAGCAGGUGUCAAUAUGUUAGAGAUUUGUACAGUCUCUGUCUCGAAGCAACCACAUUUUUGAAAAUGGUUUUAGACACAGAAAAUGAUUUGGUAGACGAAUACUCACAGGAAGUAAAUACUAUUUUGACAACGAUUAGAAAGUGGUCCAAUGAGGUGAUCGAACGGUGUACGUACAAGGGCUGCAGGGACCUUUUAAAAGUGUCAUACCAUAUUUACGUUGUCUUGAAUCCAAAGCACACUGAUCAUUUUAAAUACAAUCAAUCGCCGAUGUUCAUGUCAUUGAUAAUGUCUGUUUUAAAUACCUAUGGUAUUCAUCACUGUAGUCCACCAAAAUUCAAUUUCUUGUUAUUCAACACUACAUAUCUCGAGGCUAUAGGCAAUGAUGCUGUACUUAAUAAACGUUUAAAUUCAUUUGUGCAGAGCCUUGAGAUUGACCGAAGCAUACCGAUAGUUGCAAGCUACUCAACUUUAUUAAAUAUUGACAAUUUUUAUAAAACAUAUCUUGAAGAAACGUCUUUGUUCAUUAAAAACAAAGACAAGUUCAGUUUUUUUUUCAAAGGUGAAAGGAAGUACAUUCAUGAAAUUUACAACAACAUACGUGCAAUCAUUUUGGACCCUUCGCAUGUGUUCAAAUUGUAUGAUAUAUAUUUCAAAUUCAUUCUUUGUUCUAUAUUUUACAAAGUGUGGGUUUUCGCUAAUUACUCAGUCAAAGAAAGUCAGUCAAAAUCGAAUGUAUUGCGGUUUGAUGAUUGUCAUGACUUUCACCAUCAUUAUAAUAUGUUUCUUAAAAUUGAAAAUUUUCCCUCAAAUUUAUCGAUACUUGUGUCUAUUGUUGAUCGAUUUUCUACGAUGGUAUUUGAUCUAUGUUUUAUAAGAGCAGAGAUAACCGAAAAUUACUACAAAAAAAAUAAGUCUAAAGAUAAAUUACCACAGUUUAAAGAUUCUAUUACACUAAGCGAUUCAGAUAAGCUGUAUUUCAAAAUAAACAAACUAAAAAACAAUGUAAAUAAGCAAUUUGAAGAAUGUGGUAUGUUCAUAACAAAAAUAUUAGAAGAGAUUCCGGAAACGCCGUUAACCAUAAAGGACAAAUUUAAACAAACUGUUCUUAGAAAAACCAAAAAAACUGAAUUGAUAGAAAAAGUUUUCGGAGAUAUGACUGAGAAUACCUGCGAACUAGUCAAGGCUGCUAACAAUAUGCUCUCAGAACUCAUAAUCAAUAUUUAA